UUAACUCAUUAGACAGCCACGAGUCCCUCUAUAAUCAAAAACGCCGUGUCGGCAAAGCUACUAUAGUCACUUCUCUCUGACGCUUGUCGUCACACUAAUAUUUUAAUUAAAUUUAUCUCUAAACCAAAACGGCGCGUUUUAGUCUGACCGUCGCCGCCAAAACAAUGCGGAAAGAAAUAUUACCGCCGGUGACCACCACCACUGUGAAAUUCCUCGAGAAGAAGCCGUUAGUCGCUACAUUGCUAGCUCUCUCCCUCGUCAUGAUCAUCUGGAACCUUCCUCCUUACUACCACAGCCUCAUCUCCACCGCCCGUCCCUGCUCCGCCGCCUCUCCCAGCUCCCUCACCACCACCACCAUACUCUCCUCCUCCUCCUCCUCGCCUGAGAACUUCACCACCUCUCUCGCCGCCACGCCGGUAGUUUCUGUCGAUUCAACCCCGUCAGAUCCGAACAAACGCGUUUUCAAACCGUUCGGAAACGCGGCGGCGCUGUUCGUCCUCAUGGGAGCUUACCGCGGCGGACCGACGACGUUCGCCGUCGUCGGCCUCGCCUCGAAGCCGAUCCACGUCUUCGGGAAGCCGUGGUUCAAGUGCGAGUGGCUAUCCACCAACGGAACCUCUCUCCGAGCCAAAGCGGUUAAGAUUCUCCCGGACUGGGGAUACGGCCGCGUCUACACCGUCGUCGUCGUCAACUGCACAUUCCCCUCAAACCCCAACUCCGACAACUCCGGAGGCAAGCUCAUGCUCAACGCCUACUACAACGAAUCCCCCAAGCUCUUCGAGAGAUUCACGACCCUGGAAGAGUCCGCCGGAUCUUACAACGAGUCCAGAUUCUCGCCGCCGUAUCCCUACGAGUACCUCUACUGCGGCUCGUCGCUCUACGGGAACGUGAGCUCGUCGCGCAUGAGGGAGUGGAUGGCUUACCACGCCUGGUUCUUCGGAGACAGAUCGCAUUUCGUUUUCCACGACGCCGGCGGUGUUUCGCCGGAGGUCAGGGAGGUUCUCGAUCCGUGGAUUCGAGCCGGGAGGGUCACGCUUCAGGAUAUCAGGGAUCAGUCUGAGUACGAUGGUUACUACUAUAACCAGUUCUUGAUCGUUAAUGAUUGCUUGCAUCGGUAUCGUCACGCUGCGAGAUGGACCUUCUUCUUUGAUGUCGAUGAGUACAUUUACUUGCCUGAUGGGAACACGCUUGAAGCUGUUCUCAACGAGUUCUCGCGUUACACUCAGUUCACGAUUGAGCAGAACCCAAUGUCUAAUGUUCUUUGCUUAAACGACUCAACUCAAGAUUAUCCCAGGCAAUGGGGAUUUGAGAAGAUGUUAUUUAGGGAAUCGAGAACGAACAUAAGACGCGACAGGAAAUACGCGAUCCAAGCCAAGAACGCGUUUGCGACAGGAGUUCACAUGUCUGAAAACGUAGUAGGCAAAACGCUACACAAGACGGAGAGGAAGAUCCGUUAUUACCAUUACCACAACACUAUAACAGUGCACGAGGAGCUUUGCAGAGAGAUGCUGCCUGUUUCGGCCAAGGACAAUGUGACAUUUUAUAAGAAGCUUCCUUAUGUGUAUGACGACAAGAUGAAGAAGCUAGUUAACACGGUUAAAGAGUUUGAGGAGAAGAAACUUGGGACGGAAGCUGUGAAGAAUUUCUCAUGACCAGACGUAACUUAAUCCCUUUGAUAAGCAUUUUGUCUAUAAUGGUAUAGUUUGUUCCCCUUUACUUGUAUCAGCUUCGUUUAUGUUGUGUCCUCUUUUACUAUUUCAUUAAUAACUUUUAUCAAAUAUUUUUUUGAACUU